UUCUGCCAUACGAAUAUCUGAAAAUUAUGUAAACUGUAACUUCCGGUUUCAACCAAAAUAUCGUCGAAUACAAAUUUGUAUACAUUUUAAUGUAUUUGUUGCCUUUUUAUAAAUAUUCACCAAAUUGUUUAAAUACAGUUACAUAAAUACAGUCCUGCAAAUCUUAAUGAAUAAGUUUAAUAAAAAUUAUUAUGUAGUACGUUGUACUACGUGUGCCAGUUAUGUAUAUAAGUUUCGAAACAGCGGUUACUUGAAAAGAUUAUGUUUACAUAUUUAUUUUUACAAUUUCUACUUAAUCCUUAGUAUAUUUUAUGUAUAAUUACGUAUUUUGACAACAUAUUCAUUUAUUUUACAGUAACACAUGAUCAUCAUUAUUUCAUGUAUAAAAAUAUGUUGAUUUAAUCUAACCUUUAAUUUGUAAUUUGUAUAUGUGCAAUAAUAGCGUAUAAUGUGGCCUCCAGAAUAUAUACAAUUAAAGCACAUAGAUGAUUUGAUGAUUUGUGGUAUAUGCUAUGAAUACAUAGAUACCUCUGUUAUAACACCAUGUUCUCAUAAUUAUUGUUCUCUGUGUAUUAGAAAAUACUUGCAUUAUAAAACACAAUGUCCUAGUUGUUUUGCUGAAACUUUUGAGAAGGAUUUACGUAAAAAUAAAGUAUUGGAUGAAAUUAUAGCACACUUUUUGCAAAUUAAGGAUAAACUAAAAAAAUGUUUGAAAGCUCCACUGCAAUUUCUACCAUGCAAUAGGACUGAUAAUAUUUUAAAUACUCCAAAAUCAACUAGCGAAAAGAAGUUUUCACCUUCAAUUAAACAAGAUAGUGUAAUUACUAAUAAAAAUAUCAUUUCUAAAAGUAAUGCAUCACCUUUAAGUCAGAAGGAUUUAUAUAGUCCAAGCACUAGUGGUAAAAGCAAAAUACCUUUAAUAUUUACACCUAAAAGUACAAAGCAGCCAAAUUCAAUAAGUACAGAAGAAACCAAGGUUGUUAUAUGUCCAGUAUGCAAAGUUACUAUUUCAGAGGCACAUAUAAAUAGACAUCUUGAUGAUUGCUUAAAAAGAGAAGCAAAGAGAGAUCACUCACAAGUAAAAGCGGACUCAAAACGUCAGCCAAUUGCAAAAUUAGUAUUUAGUUUGAUGAAAGAUGCUGUGAUGAAAAAGAAAUUGAAAGAAUUUGGUUUGUCAUCACAAGGAGAUCGUAAAACUAUGGAAUCACGUUUGCAAAGAUAUAUUAUUCUUUAUAAUGCAGAAUGUGAUAAAUUAAAUCCAAGACCAAUCUCUGACUUAAUUAAACAAUGCGAAGAUGAAGAGAAUCAUGAAAAAAGAAAUAACAGGGCAUCUUCAUUUCUAAAUAAAUUACAAGUUAACAGAAAUACAGAACAAAAUAUUAUAGAUGAUGAGAGAAAGAAAUAUUUGGAAAUGCAUAAAGACAGUUUUCAAAGUUUAAUUAACAAAAUUAAACGUUCUGAACCUCAGAAAAAUCCGUCUGUAAGACGUAAUUUGUUAAAUGAAAGUUUUGAAAAGAACAAAAACAGUGUACAGAAAAAUGAAGCAAAGAAUGACAGUUUAGAUGAUUCAAUAAAUGACACUGAUAAAACUGAUCUGUCAUCUAUGAAGUCCAAUGUAUAUAUUCAGGAUUCUGAUUCAGAUUCUACUUGUCCAUUGCAAAUAUAUUCUAGUGCUGAACCACAGAAGUUUCUCAAUGUUGAAUUUUCUUCUUCCAAUAGUAAUAUUCGAAAUGAUGAAUGUGAGGCAACUUAUAAAGAGCAUAAUAUUACGGAAACGGAAUUUAAUAGAACUGAUUGUUUGUAUCUAAAAACUGAAAAAGAUGAUGUUAAUUCAGGCACAGUUAGUGAUAUUUCUAUGUCCCAUAGAGAAGUACACUCUAUGUUGGAUGUUACUGCUAGUAAGGAUAUGUUAAUGAAUGAUUCUAAAAAUACACGCAAUGCUUCAAAGUACAAAUUAUUAUUACAAAAGAAGGAAAAGUUGUUUUUAAAAGAUGAAAUGGGAAGGAUAGAUUCUGUUACUAUAAACCAGAACGAUUUUGAAUCUAACAGUAUUUCAGAUCAAGAAGGGAUAGAUAAUGAAAAGCCAGCAUCUGUUUUGCAAGAUAUUCAUUAUGACUUAUCAAGUAAUGAUAGUAUUGAUAACAAAUUUAGUAGUGGUAAAUUACAUUCUAUUCAUUCUGGAUUUUUUAAUAAUAGCGUAUUAAAUUCGUCAAAUAUAGAGAAAGAAAAUAUAAGUUCGUCUCCUGAAUGUAGUGGAAGUCGUUCGUUUCGAAAGAGAAGCCGCGAUUUAGCACAAAAUGAUAAUAAAAAUGUUUCUGGUGUAAAAAAGAAAAUUAAGAAAGUUUCACAACCAUACAUUAGUGAAACUGAUGAAUCUGCUGAAGAAACUGUGAAUAAACCACGACUGAGAAAUCGAAACUUGAAUACGACAAUUACCGAAGAUACAACGAUCUCAAGAAAGUCCGUUCGAACAAGAGCCAAGAAUAAUGUUAAAAAAAAUUGAAAAAUAUUUUGGUAUACUAUAUGUAAGUAUAUAUUUUGACAAAUGGAUUUUCACUUUAUCUCAAGACUGUUUCAGUGUUUUAGAAAAAAGCCUGUGGCUUGUACUAAAAAACUUGUGUAAAUAGAUUAAUUUAAGCAAUAAUUUUAUAAUAAUAUAACUUUCUAUAUACGUAUAUGCUGUUUCAAACAGUUGAAUAAUCAGUUUAUCAUUGGAGUCUAGUAUUCCUAUUUUGUUUGGAAUAAUUUUAAAUGAUGUACACUAAGUUUUUUAAUAUUUUGUAGUACAAAAGAAGUAAAUUAUAAUAUAUAUUAUUCAAUAUAGAAUGAUUAUAUCUUUAUUAGUUUUAUCACUAGAACUUUCGUUGUGCAUUUAAUAUUAGAACACAUCUAUACAAUGUAAUUUGAAUAAAAAAUUGAAAAAGUU